UUUUGUUUUUAAUUGAUGACAAAGUUUGAUUGAAAGUUCUCAAGCUGGCAACAUUAAUUUAAAAUGUCACCACGUCUCAAAAUAUCGAGCUAUGUUAUUGAGAGAUUGUCUGCGUUAGACACAGACGAAAGCGCAGGAUGCCUAUAUGGAUUGAUGUACGAUGGGACCCUACUUGUGGUUGGACUUAGCAUAGAAUUGUUUGAAAAUGAAAACAAUUCAUACAAACAACUUCUCUUAAAUCUACCUGGUGAGGUAGAACUAUGCGGGGUUAUCAAAUUUGGUGAAAGUUUAUGUAUUGAAUCAACGCUCAAGGAAAUACUUCAGGAUGUAGAUAUAACAGAUAAUCCACUUGUUAUUAUAAUUAAUGAUGCGAAAGAAAUGAAGGCUCAUUUUUUGAUACAUGAUAAGUUUGAAGAAACAAAAUAUGAUAUUUUGUCUGUGGAUGAGCUAUGGAAACAGUUUUUACAUGUUCGCCUUAACACUGUGCUCCCACUUAGUUGCGAAGCUACCAUUGCCGGUGUUAAAGCUAUUAUGCAAAGUAAAAGGAAAAAGAUAGCAUCAGGACAAGUCUCAUUCCAUAUAGAUGAAACAUCAGUAUAUUUAUUUGGUGUAGAUUCUGAUGUUGGACUGACUGGCACAAGUACAGAAGCUACUAUAGGAGAAUUGGUGGAUUCAAAAAGUCCAGAGCAACCCACAAAGAAAAAGAAACAUCUCACAAAUACCAUUGAAAUUGUACCUGUAAAUUUAGUAUUGAAAUCAACAAAAGAUAUACUUUCUGAUAAACUUGUUAAGACUGCAGUCAAAAUGAUGACAACACAAAGAAAACCUGCAUUCUGCAUCAGUAUGCCUCUGCGGGUAGACACUAUGGCCAUGAUACAUCGUAGCACCAAGUUAUUGGAUCUCUAUACUGUUUUAGUUGAAGCUGCAUGCCGCUCUUUAAGGCUUUUGGAAAAUGUGUUAUUAGAACAACUAGGUCAAGAAGGUAUUGGUGAUGGUGCCGGUUUGCGUUUGCCAGAAACAUUUCACUAUCUACCUAAUGAAUUAGGUCAUUUCUUGACCAGAGUAGUCCCUAAAGGAAUACCAGAUGAAAGUAUGGAAAAAGAACGGCGCUUGCUUCACCAGCAACUGGUGUUACCUCUCACGAAGCCGAUAUUCCGCAGAGGUAACGCAUACAGCAUCAGAAGUGCGAAACAGCAUCUGAUAAACCCCCACGAAGCAAUCACGCCGUCGCCGCCUAAACCAGAUGUGACCACGGCGUUGGUGAGAGGGCGGUAUGCCUACCAUCACUACAUGCAAGACAACUUUAAUGAUGAUGGGUGGGGUUGCGCAUACCGCUCGAUGCAGACAAUUUUUUCGUGGUUCAGGUUUCAAGGCUACACUACAGUUGACGUUCCAAGUCACAAAGAAAUUCAACAGUGCCUUGUAAGAAUAGGAGAUAAACCAUCCACGUUUAUAGGUUCGAAACAGUGGAUAGGCUCAACUGAAGUGAUGUUUUGUCUAGAAACUUUACUAGGUGUGCAAUCAAGAAUUAUUUUUGCCAAUACUGGUGCUGAGUUACAAAGUUACGCCCCUGAAUUGGUCCAUCAUUUCCAGACGCAUGGUAGCCCUAUUAUGAUUGGUGGUGGGGUACUAGCCCAUACAAUCUUAGGUGUUGAAUACAAUACAGUCACACAUGAAGUUCGUUACCUCAUCCUCGAUCCCCACUACACUGGCGCCGAAGAUCUCACUACAGUCAUCAACAAAGGCUGGUGCGGCUGGAAAUCUUCAGACUUCUGGAACAAGGCUGCCCACUACAACCUCUGCCUACCACAGACUAAACCUGCUAUUUAGUGCUCAAGUCAAUGUAGUGCUCAAUAACCACAAUUAAUAAACAAUGCUGGACUAUUUAAUUACAUAAUCCGCUAAUUAAUUUUAAAUGAGGAUAGUUUUCACUUUCUUAUAAUCAUGGCGAUCCUAUGUAUUCGGUUACGAUGUUAUUGAAUUGCCAUUUUGAAAUGUAAAUGCUUAUAGCAUUGAUGCUGAGAGUUCGGAUAUAUAUGCAAACCAUCAAUUUAUUGAAUGCUCUAUAUUUCUCAAAAUCUUUCUGAGCAUAACCAUAGAUCAGUUCAAAGCCAUUCCUUUAUAUGCUAAGCAAUUUUUAAAUUAGCGUCUAUUUUGAUGGGAGUCUUUUUUUGCAGUUCAGUGUAUUAGAAGACAUUUAAUAAUUUGAAUUUUAUCGUGUUGUUGCUACGAUCAAGCUGUGAUAGCUAGUAAUACCUACUAAGCAUGUCAACUUUCUCUAUUCCACGUGUUUGCAUUUGGGAAUAUCGCGCAAUUUCUUUGUUUUUAAAUAUGCCAUAUCAUUUAAGUGGAGAAGGUAGCAUAAGGAUUGAUGGGAUAGCCUGGAUUUUUUGUGUAUCUUUCUGGUGUUUGUAUGUGAAAAUUGCGACACCACAUUAGAUUAUUUAUAAUGAGGCAACAGUUACCUAAUUUACUAUAUUACUCAUACAAGAAUAAAGUUUAAACUCAGAAUGUUCUAUAUAAAAAGUACCUAUAGUGGAUCGCCGUAAUUUUAAAUUAAGUCUGACAGAAUAAACAGGAAUGCGCGUUUCAAAUGCGAGUGUCAAUUGUUUUGAAUUUGUAAAUAAGUGUAUUUUGUUGUUUUAUUAUGAUAGCAGCACACGAUUUUAAUAAAUUCAAUAUGACUUCUUUGGCAUUUAUUACACAGGAUUGAAUUAUUGUAAUCUAAUUUAUAUUCUAUUCAUUCCCUCUGCACUUGCUUAUAAUGUUGUGCCUAUAUUAUUAUUGUUGUGACGAUAUCAGAAGCAUGUAAGCUAAAUGAAAUUGUUAUUUUUUGUACUAAUUAAAUUAUAAUUCAACGAG